GCGGAGCACACUGCAACCUUGUCCCAACAGAGCCAGCAGUGGAAAUGUACAGCUUCAGAGGCCUGGGGUGUUCUUGAACAGAAAUGAAUGGUGAUGGCAGCAAACAGCGAUAUGUGUCAACCUUCAGGAUGCACAUCAAGCAGCCCAGUGCAUCGCCUACAUCAGGGAAUGGGCCGGGAACUAUUGACAGCAGGAUCGCAGACACAUGUCCUGACACUGGGUCUGUUAACCUUUCCGCUCGUAAACGCCUGGAUCUGCCCGUCUUCAUAGAGCCGCUGCAGGACUGCUGUGUGGACGAAGGAAAUGACGUCACACUGCGGGGGGCUCUGACUGGAGGUCAGCCUAUUCAAGUGUCAUGGUUGCACAAUGGUGAAGUGGCCCGUUUUGGAAAACCUUCCUUUAAUGGCAGGGAGACGAGUUUUGUGGUGCGGGAGUGCUUGCCUGAAGAUGCGGGUGCCUACACGUGCUUGGCAGAGAAUAGUGCAGGGAAGACUUCCUGUUGUGCUGCUGUGUAUGUCAGAGACUUUGAAACUAUCUGCGGGUCGCAGAGUCGUGUCUCAAAUAUCCAAACUUCUCCAUCCAAGAGCAUGGUGCCGAAUGGAAGGUCACCACAGUCUCCCAAAGACGAGCAACAGAAGACCAGAGGAUCUAUUUGCUCUUCCACUGCAGGCUCUGAUAAGCUCAGCCCGGUCUCCAGUCCAAGAGAAGUCAUCCCAAAGAAGAGAGCCAACUCAGCGACAGGUCCAGCAUUACGUUUUGAAAACCCUCCACAACACCUGGAGGUGAAGGUGGGACAAACUGCCAGGUUGACGUGUUCCUUCACUGGCAGUCCUCCUGUCGUGUCGUGUUGGAUCAGAAAAAAGGAUCAGAUAGUGGAUGGUCCAGAGCUGUGGUCAGAAAACACAGAUCAGAGCAGCACACUGGUCAUAGCAGAGGCUAACCCGCAGCACUCAGGCCGCUACACUGUUGUAGUGAAGGAUCGCAAGAGCUCUGCACAACACACGGUUGCUCUUUCUGUCAUAGAGCCCCCCCAGCCUCCGGCCUCCUGUCCCGUGAUCUCCCUCGUCUCUCCCAGCAGCCUCGUGCUCUCCUGGUCCGGCCCCUGCUACGACGGAGGCAGUGCUGUCCUAGGUUAUGUGGUUGAAGUGAAGAACCAGGGACGUGUUGAUCCUGGGGAUUGGGCCGAGCUCACCGCCCAGUGUAAGAGUACCUCAUACAAAGUGUGCUCAGGUCUGCUGCCUCAACAGGAGUACUGCUUCAGAGUGAGGGCCUACAACGCAGUGGGAGUCAGUGAGCCAGGACCAGUGUCACCAGUAGUUAGGAUGGAGCAGAAUGAUAAACCACAAGAAGAAGAAACCCCUCAAGCGUUCUCCUGUGUCACUGUUGACUCUUCACACAAAGUCACAGAUCACUACAGUUUGCAGGAGAAACUGGGAAUGGGAAAGUUCGGCCUGGUGUUCAAGUUAACCCACAAGGAAACGGGACGUGUGUGUGCAGGGAAGUUCUACAAAGGUCGACGUGCCAAGGAGAGGGAGGCUGCUCGUAAGGAGAUAGAGCUGAUGAACUUCCUCCACCACCCCCAACUGGUGCAGUGUCUCGCAGCAUACGACCACAAGCCUGAAAUGGUCAUGGUCAUGGAGUUUAUCGCAGGCGGGGAACUGUUUGAACGCAUUGUGGACGACAGUUUUGUGCACACUGAGCUUGCUAGUGUGCGCUACAUGCAGCAGAUCCUGGAGGGGAUUGCCUUCAUGCAUCAGCAGAACAUUGUCCAUCUGGACAUGAAACCUGAAAACAUUGUGUGUGUUGACACCACUGGCACCUCCGUGAAGAUCAUUGACUUCGGAUUAGCCUGCAAGAUUGAAGGGGACACACCACUGAAGGUGAUGCAUGGGACUCCAGAGUUUGUGGCACCUGAAGUGAUCAACUAUGAGCCUGUGUGUUUGUUCACUGACAUGUGGAGCAUAGGAGUCAUCUGCUACAUAUUACUCAGUGGUGAGUCUCCAUUCCAGGGUAACAACGAUGUGGAGACCCUCUCCUUGGUCACAGCUGCCCAGUGGGAGUUUGAUGAGGAGAGCUUUGAUGAGAUUACAGACGAGGCCAAACACUUCAUCAGCUCGCUGCUCAGCAAGGACACCAGGCGGAGGAUGACAUGUGAGGAAGCACUCGCACACCCCUGGAUGGCAUUUGACUCUGGAGCUGUUGCCACCACCAAGAGCCUGUCCAAGGAGAAGAUGAAGAGGUUUCUAGCCAAGCAGAAGUGGAAGAAAGCAGGGAAGGCCUUGUUAGCCCUGAAGAGAAUGGCUCUGCUGUCUAAAGGUGACGGCUCUGUCUCGCCUACCAGCCCUGGAGAAGAUUUACCCCUGAGCCCAGAGGCGGAGCACGCCCUGCAGUCUCUGGAGCGCAAGAUGCAGGUGCCACCCCAGUUCACCCAGAGCCUGGAGGACCUUACAGUAGUUCAGGGAUCCUGUGCCCGUCUCUCCUGUCACCUCACAGGGUACCCAGACCCAGAGGUGGUGUGGCUGUGUGGUGAAGAACAUGUGGAGGAGUCACCCUCAAAGCAGAUAGAGUAUGAUGAAGAUGGCUGCUGCACACUGGUCUUAGACAAAGUGGGCCCAGAGGAGAGCGGUGUGUACACCUGCAGAGCCACCAAUGACCAAGGGGAGGCAUUCUGCUCAGCCAAACUUAUUGUAAAAAAGUAGAUAAAGGAGACAAAAUGUAUAAACACAACAUGUUCAAGAGUGCCUUCAACUGUUUUGUUGUAGAAUAUUGUAUUAAAAGUCAGGACCAAACUGUACAUCCUGUACUAUGGCUGGAAAUAUGAUGUUUGUAUUAUUGUACAAAAUGUAUGAAUAUUGUUACAGAGCUACAGGCAUAUUUCUUCAUUGGACUUGAGUAUGAGGACUCUUAUAUCAGCUAAAACAAUCUCUUACUUUGCCUCAUGGGUAAAUAUUUGUAAGAUUGUAUUUCAAACCUUUCAACUGGUGGUAUGAAUACAAAUAAAUAUCCUUUGUCAAAAGCAAA